CAUCACCGGGAGCUGCUCUUUGAUCUGAAGCUGGCGUGUGCGCAUGCGCAGCUCAUUGCCUUCACUGCGCUGGCUUUAGUAAGUUGGAUGUGCGCGGUGUCUUCAUCAUCACAUCCAAAAGCCCCAUCAAAACUGUUGCGAUGGAGAGUCUCGGAAAAACCCCACAUAUCUUCUUACUAUGUCCGUUAAUCGUGGCCGUCGCGUGCGCACAAAGUACCAGAGACCCCAGCAAUAUGCCAGUGGUCAAAGACACCGUGGACAGACUCAUGAAGGGAUACGACAUUCGGCUGAGGCCAGAUUUCGGAGGAGCUCCGGUGGCGGUGGGAAUGAAUAUAGACAUAGCCAGCAUAGACAUGGUAUCCGAAGUAAACAUGGACUACACCCUGACCAUGUAUUUCCAGCAAGCCUGGCGAGACAAACGCUUAUCCUACUCUGAAAUCCCGCUCAACCUGACCCUGGAUAACCGUGUGGCUGACCAACUGUGGGUACCCGACACCUACUUCCUGAACGAUAAGAAAUCGUUCGUUCACGGAGUCACGGUCAAGAACCGAAUGAUACGACUGCAUCCCGACGGCACGGUUCUGUACGGAUUAAGGAUCACCACCACGGCUGCCUGUAUGAUGGACCUGAGGCGAUACCCGCUGGACGAGCAGAACUGCACGCUGGAGAUCGAGAGCUAUGGCUACACCACAGAUGAUAUCGAGUUUUACUGGAGAGGGGGAAAUGGAGCCGUUACUGGGGUCGAGAGGAUAGAGCUUCCCCAGUUCUCCAUCGUGGACUACAAACUCAUCUCCAAAAACGUGGUCUUCUCUACAGGAUCAUAUCCACGACUGUCUCUAAGUUUUAAACUGAAGAGGAACAUUGGUUACUUCAUCCUGCAGACCUACAUGCCCUCCAUCCUGAUCACCAUCCUGUCCUGGGUAUCCUUUUGGAUCAACUAUGAUGCUUCUGCUGCCCGUGUGGCUUUAGGUAUCACCACCGUGCUGACCAUGACAACCAUUAACACGCAUUUGCGAGAGACCCUCCCCAAGAUUCCCUACGUGAAAGCCAUAGACAUGUACCUGAUGGGCUGCUUUGUCUUCGUGUUCCUGGCCCUGCUGGAAUACGCUUUCGUCAAUUACAUCUUCUUCGGGAGAGGUCCGCAGCGGCAGAAGAAGGCAGCGGAAAAAGCAGCCACCGCCAACAAUGAGAAACUCAGGCCAGACCCCAACAAGUGGUUGGUGGGAAGUGUAGUUCAGAGAGAUGAUGCUCUCUAUGCCAGAAUGAAACAGAGGGAAAUUGACGGGUAUGACUCGAUGUGGGAUCCGAUCUUUGCGGAGGAUGCGGCAUUAGGACUAGGCGAUCAAAGACUUAAGAUGACGGCAGAUGACAUCCGGCUGACCACGGUGGAGAUGAAGAACGAAAUGGGACCGUCCGAUCUGUCCAGGGGCCUGGGUGACCCGAGAAGCACCAUGCUAGCCUACGACAGCUCCACCCUCCAGUACCGCCGGGCGGCCAUGGCUCGACAAAACUACGGUCACAGCGCCCUGGAGCGUCACGCCACCCAAAAGAAAAGCAGGCUCAGGAGACGGGCUUCCCAGCUUAAGGUGAACAUACCUGACCUGUCGGAUGUCAACUCCAUCGACAAGUGGUCGAGGAUGAUCUUCCCCACCGUGUUUUCCUUCUUCAAUGUAGUUUACUGGCUUUACUACGUCCAUUAAACCAAUCAGAAGAGAGGAAUGGACCAGAAAACAACACCAACAAAGAGAAUUAAAAAAAGAGAAUUAAACAGUACAUCGCUUUUGCUGAUUUAUUUCGAAUACGGAGGAAGGACUAACGAAGGGCAAAAAAAAAUAAAAAAUUCAGGAUGGACUCUUUUUUUUGUUCUGAGAACAUAAAACUUUGAGAAAGACAUCAACAUCUGAGGAACUGGAGAUAUAGACAUACACAGGAGCUCGUUCCAGCCAUUCAGUAUAUCACUUAUAUUUGUCAUAUGUAGAUUACUCUGUGGAUCAAAUAUUUAUGCUUGUAUUUGCAUAUAUUUUAAGCAUUUGUUUUUCCGGUUAGUAUAUGUUUCCUUGGUAGCCAGCUGCACUCGAGAAAGCUUUACAAAUGAUUUUAAGAGGAGUCAGUCUUCGAAAGUCUAUUUUCGUAUAGUUAAGCUGUAUAUCAGGUAUCUUUUAAAAGCAUGCUUCGCUUUGUUUGUUUUAUUUAUCUCUUACAGAGAGCUGCGGCACUGCAUUUUCAUUUUAAAAAUUUACAACUACUUCUGUUCUUCAAAAUGAGUUUGCGGGACACAAUGCAAAGACACUGUCAGCAAGCCAUACAGGGUAUUUUCCAAACACGUCCUUUUAAUAUUGUUGUUUUUUCUUCUUCUUUUUAUUUAUUUUUUUGACGUUGGGCCAAUAAGGAAACUCUUCCUAUUUAGAUUUUAUCCAAUGCAGGGAAAUUAAAAUGAAAUAUUAGCUGACGGAGCCAUGACAAAGGACUAACAUGGAAUUACAUGGAUCGUUAUUACCCUGAUGCUUGGACAAACUGUUCGAUCUGACGUCAGACGUACCCAGGAGGUGUAAAUGCUAAACAGCCCUCAUCUGUACACUGUAUGAACUUUGUGUGGUGAGCAGCUGGGAGGACACGUGGCUGUUUAACGUAGGUGCAUUGGACAAGGUGGGUCGACCUCAGCAAUGAAAGACACAAUAUAUCUGUAAUCCAUUUACACUAUUGAUAGAUAUAAGUUGAAAACUAGUAGCUGAUAUUACAUUAUGGUAAAAAAGAAACUUUUCUAAUUCAAUAGUUAUAAUAUCGGAUGUUAAUGUUAUGGUUCAUUAUUUAAACGUAUUUUUUGGUGUAUUAGAUUUCCUAAUGUUGAAGACUUUGGUUGAAAAAAAAUCUUGCUUCUUAAAAAUAGAGCAAAUGAUCUGAAUCUUUUUAAAAGGCCUCAAAGUGCACCAAUGAUAUUUAAGCAAGGAAUAAAUGACAUUACUACUAUGAAAUUUACAGGAAUAUGUGACAAUAUGUGAAGGAUCUGGAUCAUACAAUCAAGGCAUCUGUCAGGCAAUUUUGUAUAAAAUCCUGUAAAUUAUAAUAUUUCAUAAUGACUUGUAAAUAUAUAUAUAAAUAUAUAUAUAUUGUGUAAUGACUGUCAACAAUAAUGAAAAUGUAUCUAAAUUAAAUUAUUAAAGCUUAAUGAAGCUUAUAUCUCUUA